AUGUGGGCAAAGUUUAGAGCUUUUAAGAUCAAAAGAGGUGAAAAAGAAGUGAGAGAUGGUCGCAAAAGCUUGAAUGUAAAUGAUGAAUACCUUAGUGCAUUAAGAACCAAAUCAUACUUAGAAUUUUCCUCUAAAGCUCAAAUAUUAGCCAAUGAACCCUCGGCUUCAUUCAAAUUCUUUCAACUCUUGGAACCCUGUCCCGACACCAUAUCUUCUUCCAUCUUAAACUCUGCAAUCCUUUCCGAAAUGCCCGAACUCAAAACCCUAAUCCUGGAUUACUUCGAUAUUAGUGCUGAAGCUUCGAAAAUUUGCGGUCAUCUCCUCACUAAGAUCAACCAAAUCCAACGUAAUUAUCACUUCAUUCAACGAGCACUCGAUUUGUUUGAUGAUUAUUAUCAUUCUCCUGAUAACAUGAGACAAGUUCUUUCGGAUUUCAACUCAUUCUUUGCCCUAAAAAACCCAUUUUCUAACCCUAUCAAACAUGAUUUCAAGAUAAUCAAUGAAAAAUACUCCUCAAUAUUGCACCAUCUUAAAUCAAAGAAAAGAAAGGUUACUCGGAAGAUAAAGCUGAUCAAGUUCAUCCACAAAACAUCCGGGAUUUGUUUAACGACAGCUUGUGGAUUGCUAGUAAUAAUAGCUAUAGUUAUAGCAGCACAUACUCUUGCACCAUUGUUAAUGGCGCCUGCAAUUUUGGGCUUCGUCCCUGAAAAGCUUUUAAAGAAGAAAAAACAGGUAUUGAAGAAACUUCCAUGUUUGAAAUGUGGGUUCCUUAGGAAAGUUGGGGAGCAACUUGAUGUUGCAGCCAAGGGAACUUAUAUCUUGAAUCGGGAUUUCGAUACACUGAGUCGGCUGGUUUCUAGGUUAAAUGAUGAAGUUGAACACAAGAAGGAAAUGAUAGGGAUUUGUUUGGAGAGGCAAAGGGAAGAUCAUAGGUUUUGUCUUCAAAUCGUGAAGGAGUUGAAGAAGAGCCAUGGUGGAUUCUGGAAACAGCUGGAGGAGCUUGAAGAACAUGUUUAUUUGUGCCUUGUAACAAUCAAUCGAGUAAGGGCAUUAGUAAUCAAGGAAAUGACUGCAUCUUUUACACAAGGUUUCAGGGACUAGUUAUACAAGCUUUUCUUCUACAAGUUCAAUGUGUGUAUAUGUUUAUAAUUGUAAAUAACAACCACCAUUCGUUU